GUCGCGCGGCGAUGGCGUCACGGGGGCGCCGGCGACGGUUGGCGGCUCGGAUGGAGCCCGAGGAGGAGCGGCUGAGGCGGCAGAUCCGCUUGCUUCAAGGUCUCAUCAAUGACCAUAAAAACGUCCAUGGGAAUGCGCCGGUUCCUCCGCCGCCUGCUUCUGUCUCCAGAUGGAGGAACCCUAGACUUCCUGCCUUUCACAGUCAAGCGACCUUCGGCGCUAGAUACAACCAGCAACCUUCCCAAGAUUUCUCGUCCGGCCAGGCCAACGCGACUACCUGGAGGAAGAAAUACUCUCUUGUCAACGCCCCGCCUAGACCAGCCCUGCCUUCACCUACCAGCGUUUCUCCGGGGACUUCCUGGGCGGCCCAGAGCCGUGUCGGUAGGGAGGCUCCCAAGCCACAACUGAUGCUUUCGGAAGCGAAGGCCAUCUCCAGCACAAAAGCAAAUGUCUGCCGACCAGCUGGCUCCCUGGCGGGUGAUGCCACCGGCUCAGGGUUCCUGCAGGGCGUUUCAGGAUCAAGAAAGGAACCGUCGUCUUCUAAGGGAAGCCCUUCCGCGGCUUCUUGGCCUUUCAAUGCGGAGUCGAGACACAACAAAGAUACGUGCACUUCCACUUUGUCCCACGUACCCCGUUACAAAAGUCUGGCUACAGGUGGAAAUAACCGACCAGCGGCCGGUCAGAAGAAGCCCUUUGGGGGGAACAAGCUGACCCCCAGUUUAGGCAGGACUAUCAGCGAGAGUGCCAUUACGUUGAAAUCUGAGCCUCGGUGGUGUCUGGCCUCGCCCGAAAAGGGAACAGGCUCUCUCCCAAUCUGGAAGAAGCCAGCACCUGAGCUCUCACACCUGUAUAGUUCAUCCCGCCACCCCUCCCCUGCAGGGCCAGCCAGGUUCAGCCCCACCAGGAGCGUGGGUCGGUCUGCCCAUUCGGAUGAGGAGGCAUCUUCCAGCAGUGGGAUGAGUCUUCCCCCAAACAAGUCCGCCAUUGUUUUGCUCCAGAAGUCGUCUUCCUUGCCAGCCUCCGGCAGGUCUUCCCGCUUCAAGAAAGCCAACUACACCUGGGUGGCAAAUCCCAGCAAAUCCCCUCGAAGCGUGAAGCGGUGGGCCGUUUCCAGGGCCCCCGAAAGCACCCCCAAGUUAGCCAUCUGCGGGGCAGCGGCCUCUCCCAAGUUACAACCCAGGGGAGCGCAUCUCGAGCUGGGGGCCAAACCAAAGAAACCCAGCCCGCAUUCGAAGGCGGCGGUUUCCACCAGCCAGUACAAGUGGAAAGCAGCGAGUGCGAAGUCUGCUCCUUCCACCUCGGCCUCCGUCUUCACUUGGAAGCGCAAGGAAGGGGUUAGGCCCGGGGAGGCCCCUUGCGUGGGUGCCAGCACCUCCUUCCAGGCGCUGAGGCGGGUCCCUCUCGCACAUGGCAGCCCCAGGGGCUUUUUUGGAACUAGUGGCUUUUUUAAUUACAGACUGAGGAGUUGGCCGAAAAACACAAAGAGGAAAGGAAGCGCCAGCUCUCCCACCCUGCUCCUGAAAAGCCGCUACUGCCUCCGGAAGCGCCACGCCACGCGGGGAAGGUCCUCCCCCACCGCCCGCAGAACCGGCACCAAAGGCCUCGUGCAGAUCGGCAAGCACAGGUUGCGCCGGCUGCCGGCCUCUCGCGUUCCUGGUUCGCCCAAAGAAGGUCCCAGCUUCGUCCUGGUCACCAGCCCAGCGGCCCACCGAGUGGUCAAUACUCGCUACAGGCUGGUGAAGAAGUUGGCAGGACCUCCCGUGACCCCUGCAGCCUCCAGUGCCAGCCCAGCUCACGGCUGGAAGGCCAGGAGGCUUUCAUCGUCCAGGUCUCUCACGUCCAAUUCCACCCGCCACUCUUCACCAGGGAGCAGGUCUCAGGCAGGGCAGCAGCACCGAUGGAGAAACAAAGGACUGCGUUGCAUCGGAGGAGUCAUGUACCGGGUGUCUGCUAACAAGCUUUCCAAAACGUCCAGCUCUCCCGGCAGGAGCGUAGAAGCAGCGACCAGGAGCCAUACCAGAGGAGCAUCACGGCCCGACUCGGCACCUGGGACUCCCGGCUACCCUUCACCCGGCUGGCCCAGCCGGUCAAUCACCAGCCGCUACAUUGCCAGCCGCGCUGUGCAAAGGAGCCUAGCCAUCAUUCGCCAAGCCAAGCUGCGGAAGGAGCGGAAGAAGGAAUACUGCAUGUACUACAACCGUUUUGGGAAGUGCAACCGCGGGGAGAGCUGUCCGUACAUCCACGACCCCGAGAAAGUGGCAGUCUGCACCAGAUUCCUCCGCGGCGCCUGCAAGAAGACGGAUGGGACGUGUCCUUUCGCACACAAGAUUUCGAAGGACAAGAUGCCCGUCUGUUCCUACUUCCUGAAGGGAAUCUGCAGCAACAACGAUUGUCCGUACAGCCACGUCUACGUGUCCAGGAAAGCAGAGGUCUGCUCGGACUUCCUGAAGGGCUACUGUCCCUUGGGAGAGAAGUGCAAGAAGAAACACACACUGGUGUGCCCGGACUUCUCCAAGCACGGCGUCUGCCCCAAGGGUUCCCGCUGCAAACUCCAGCAUCCCCAGAAGAAGCACCUGGCCAAGCAAGCCGGCACUAGUAACUCCUGCCCACCUGAGCAGGGAAACUAUGCAAAGCAGACUUGGAGGCAAAAAGAGGAGGAAGGAGCAACAGGGGGAGCCUUCUGGUACCCCAGAAUCCUCUCUCAAAACAGCCGACUGACCAAGCAGCCUUCCUUCAUCUCUCUCCAGUCACCCCCCACCUCCCCCCAGGAGGAGGGCCCCAAGUCAGAGAGAAACGGGGAAGAAGCAGUUCUGAGUUGCUGCCUGUGGAACAUCAGACAGAGCUGGGAGUCAAAUCAGGGUCCAAUGAGGAUUUAGGAGGAUCCCCUCCCUGCUCU